AUGGUAGUAUCAAAGAUCAUCUAUGCUUUAGUAGUCGCAUUUGGUUCAUGUACAUGGAUAGGCACGAAUUCAGUAUGGAUGCAGCUGUCAAUGUUUACUUCCGAGUUACCUGAAGGAUGGAAUUUACCCAGUUAUCUUUCUGUCGUUGUGCAGAUUGCCUGCAUUGGUCCACUUAUAUACACGAUAGUACACAAAGGAUGCAAAACCGUCGAGAUACCUCAUACUCGUCUUAUUUUCAUAUUUCUAGUGAUGGCAUGUAUCUGCCAAUUAGGAUUGGUAUUUCUUUGGAAAGAGACGGUUGCAAUCGGAUCUCAGCGCUAUUCUCUGGGACUUUAUUUGCUUCUGUUCGGUUUGGCUGUCGUCGAUGCCAUGUCUAAUGUCUUGUUUAUGCCUUUUAUGGCGAAGUUUCAUCCGGCCUAUCUAAAUGCUUAUUUCGUUGGAAUGGGUUUUUCGUCGCUGAUUCCAAGCAUUCUAUCCCUUAUACAAGGAUCGUCGAGCUAUACUUGCGAAGGCGACGUGCCGCAUUACACACCUCCACGAUUCAGUGCAGCCGUCUUCUUCCUCAUCAUCUUCUUCUCUACUUGCAACUCGGCUGUCGCCUUUCUCAUCCUCUACUUGAAAGCAGUCAAACAACCUAGCCCUAGUGAGCAGAGCAUUUCUGAAAAUAACACCGAAGUGACGGAAACUGAGAUAACUAGCGAGGAAGAGAUUAAGCAUGAAGGACUAGCGCUUCCGGGACGUUCCUACUUAUUUAUUCUGCUUACGGUUUCACUAGUGAAUGCUCAAAUGAAUGGCAUUAUCCCCAGCAUCUCCAGCUUUUGUGCCCUACCAUAUUCCCAGGCAACAUACCACUACAGUAUUGCUCUGUCGAAUGUCAUGAUGCCUUUAGCCUCAUUCCUGUCAUUUUUCCUGAUCGUCAGAAAACUUCCUUAUCUGGGAUUACUUUCGGCAAUGUCGACGUGCACAACAAUAUUCUUGAUAUAUUUGGCGGCUUUGAGUCCAGCGAUGAUUUUCAACUCGAGGUCCAUAGGUGCAGCACUUUCUAUAUUGGCAUCGAUGAUCGCGGCUGGAUUACACUCAUACUUGCGGGUGGCAUUUGCCUCGCGCCUCCGAGAAUGCGAUCAAAGUGAAUCGCGAUUAUUUUGGUGUGGAGUUUUCACACAGGUGAACUGCUUACCUGUUUAA